AUGUAUUCAUGUCGAAGAUAAAGUAUCUUUAAAUACGUAGGAAAACUACUAAAGGAAAUCAGAAAUGCUGGAUUCACUGAAUAUUUGCAGGAACAAGUAUCUAUAAUGGAUAUAAACACAACAGACGAAGAAAGCCAAUCAAGCGAAGAAAGAAAUGUGAAUGAAAUACCAGAAGAGACUUGUUCGAAAUGCUCAAAGAUCAACAAAACGUUGAUACCUUACAAACUGUUCUAUUUUUUCUUCUUUUCAGCCGUUGGUUCACUCUUUCCAUACCUAGCAAUAUUUUACAAGCAACAGCAAUUGUCAGCCCGACAAACGGGAGUUUUGAUCGGUUUAAGACCUGUCCUACAGCUUGUGAGCAGUUCUGCCUGGGGGAUCAUUGGGGAUAAAUAUGGAAAAAUAAAGCUGAUAUUUUUCAUCUCAUUGGCUUCAUGGCUUUUUUCAAACUUUUCGUUGUCUUUGGUGAAAGGAAAUUCCCACACAACACCGUGUCGCGACAACGGAUCUCUUACAGUAUUUGACAAAGCAAUUGUGGCGGCAAAUGGCUUUCUAAGAAACGAAACUAUCAUCGACAAAGCAAUUGUGGCGGUAAAUGGCUUUCUACGAAACGAAACUGUCAUCGAUAAACCACAAGCAGAUUUGCACAAGAUUAUGAAAAUGAUUUCCAAACCUACUAUAAAGUUGAAGAAACAAAAACCUAAAACCAACAGAACCUGGAAAAUGAUCUCGAAGAUUGAAAAAACAUUCAGGGAGGGAAUGAUGGAAAGAAAAAUUACUGAAGGAACCGCCAUGGGCCAUGAUCCAUGGUCCCUUGACUCAAUACUUAACUUGAAGACGACAAAUGAUGAUAUCGUUACACAAAACAACUGUAAAAUUUUCACCAUUUUGCUAAUCAUCACAAUCAUAGGAAACUCCAUGGCAGCACCAACCGUACCCUUUACAGAUACAGCAACACUACAAGUUUUAGGUGAGAAAAGGGAGUUUUACGGAAAACAACGUCAGUGGGGUGCACUAGGUUGGGGUAUUUCAUCAUUUUUUGUUGGAUCUCUAGUAAGCACUGUUAAAGAACAAUCACAUUGCAAUGUACCGGAACAUAUUGACUAUAAACUUUCCUUUUAUGCAUUUGCUAUAAUAAUGCUGCUUACAUUUAUUCCUGCAUCGUACAUCCAAUUUGACCAAAGGAACAGUGAAGCUACUACUUUGGCUCGGCAAUUACAAACUAUGGUAACAUUUGAAUCUCUCAUAUUUCUGAUAACCAUUCAGCAAUUUGGGAGCUCUUGGGGUAUUCUCCAAACAUUCCUUUUCUGGCAUCUUCAAGAUCUAGGUGGAACACAAUUUCUUUUCAGCAUAAUUGCUGCUAUACAAUGUUUAUCUGAGGUUAUAUCAUAUCAAACUGCCAGCUUUGCAAUAUUGAAGUUGGGUCAUAACCGUGUAUUAUACAUUGGAUUGUUGUAUUCAACUACAAGGUUUAUUUUAUAUGGUGUUAUAACAAAUCCUUGGUUAGUUAUACCAAUAGAACUCUUCCAUGGUGUGUCAACAACGCUCACAUGGGCAAUAGCAGUUUCUUACAUUGGUACAAAUACAGGAAUUUCCAACACAACUCAAGGAAUUUUAUCUGGGAUUUAUUGGGGACUAGGUGUAGGUGGCGGAGCAAUAUUUGGUGGCAUUAUUAUUCAUGCCAUUGGAUCUAGAUAUACCUUUUUCGCGUAUGGAAUUUUAAAUUUCAUAAACUUUAUUGGCAUUGUUUUGACUCAAAAUUUAAAGAGAUGUGUACAGGCAGUACAGCCUGUAGAAGAAAGACAAUCUUUACUUACUUCAUUUUAUAACGAAGAAAUGGAGAUGGAAAGUACCUUUAACUCCGAGUAACUACAUAAAUUACAACGAGAAAGCGUCAAAGCGCUUUUAGAAGUUGUCGUUUUAAAGUUUUUAGUUUUCAUUGCCGAUUCAAAAUUUAACUUUGGCGCCAUCAUAUUCAUUCAUCUCAACUAUUUCCCAUCAUCGAGAACUCCGAGGUAGCACUGGAACGCAUGCACAGGAAGGAACAAAUUGGGACAACCACUAUUUCGGGCUAAAUCCAGCUACGUCCGACCAACCCACGAUGGCUAAUACUGAAAUCACAUAAACGCCUCGAUAAAUAAGUGAAGUUCUAAAAUCUGAUUGCAAAAAGCAGCAAAAAUUUAGCUCUUCUAUCCACUAAAUGGGAUCACCAAAACAUGAUAGCGUACUCUUACAAGUCACACAUUACAUCACUAAUGCCAGGUACGUGUAGUGGAAAAGGGCAAAGAGAGCAUUUUGCUCAGGACCAGCUUAAAAAGAGCCUAAAUGUAAAAAGGAGGCAAAGAAAGGAGUAAGGAGAUUUAUAAAGUGUGCUAUGAGCACUGAAAGGGCCCCGAAUCUUAACUGUUCCUAGGCGACUUAAUAUGUCCGGACAGUCCCGUAAAAAACAAUCGAACGAAUUGCUUGUUUUGAACAAUUUGCUUCCACUCAGAUAUGAAUACCAGUAUAUUAGUAUUACAUCAACUUUAGUGUAAAAGAUUUUAAUUAAAACAAAAUUUCAGCUACAUUGAUUAUUUUGGCUUCAAAAAUGAUACAUAAAUAAAAAACAGGUAUUCACUAAAA